AUGAAAGGUACGCGUGUGCUUGAACCAAUCAGGAAGCGCGGACAUUCUGCAGCACGGAGAGAGGCCCAGUUUUAGCGAUGGAGCACUAAUCGAGCGUUUAGCUGGACGGAAAAAGGGAUAAAGCCAAACAAACGAGAAUUGGAUAAAGGAGCAUAAAGACAAGAGCAGGAGCACUAGCUUACCUGCGAGCAUGUCGGUGGAAACCGCCCCAGAAGAAGCCAUGAACUCCACUCCAGCUCCGACCCUACAGAACCCUCAGGUUCCUCCACCAGCCUCGGAAUCUGAUCCAGCUCCAGACCCACACUCGGAGUCCUCGGAGCUGAGUUCGCAGCUUUCAGAGGAACCCGAACCAGCUCCUGCACCGCCGCCGGGCGCAAAUUCAGCCUUCAAGAUUAUGACCUUCAGGCCCACCAUGGAGGAAUUCCGCGACUUUGCGAAGUACAUCACGUAUAUGGAAACCCAAGGAGCUCAUCGUGCAGGCUUAGCUAAGGUCAUUCCUCCUAAAGAGUGGAAGCCCAGACGCUCCUAUGAGACCAUCGAAGAGAUGGUCAUUCCCGCUCCCAUCAUGCAGGUGGUCACUGGUCAGUCUGGACUUUUCACUCAGUACAACAUCCAGAAGAAGUCCAUGACUGUGGGAGAAUAUCGCAAACUGGCCAACAGCAAAAAGUACUGUACUCCUCAGCAUAAAGACUUUGAUGAUCUGGAGAGAAAGUACUGGAAGAAUCUGACGUUCGUGUCACCCAUCUACGGUGCAGAUAUCAGCGGCUCGCUAUACGAUCCUGACAUAACGGAGUGGAACAUUGGCCAUCUGAACACGCUGCUGGACAUGGUGGAGCAGGAGUGUGGGAUCGUGAUCGAGGGCGUUAACACCCCCUACCUCUACUUCGGCAUGUGGAAGACCACAUUCGCCUGGCACACGGAGGACAUGGACCUCUACAGCAUCAACUACCUGCACUUCGGCCAGCCCAAGUCCUGGUAUGCAAUUCCUCCUGAACACGGCAAGAGGCUAGAAAGAUUGGCGAAAGGCUUUUUCCCCGGCAGCUCUCAGGGAUGUGAUGCAUUUCUUCGUCACAAGAUGACCCUUAUCUCUCCCUCCAUCCUGAAGAAGUACAGCAUCCCUUUUGAUCGAAUCACACAGGAAGCGGGCGAGUUCAUGAUCACAUUCCCGUAUGGCUACCAUGCAGGGUUCAACCACGGCUUCAACUGUGCUGAGUCCACCAACUUUGCCACACUACGCUGGAUCGACUAUGGCAAAAUGGCCACGCAGUGCACGUGUCGGAAGGACAUGGUGAAGAUCUCCAUGGACGUGUUUGUGCGCUGCUUGCAGCCGGACCGCUAUGAACUGUGGAAGAAGGGCAAGGACACAGCUAUCCUGGAUCACCAGAAGCCCACCACACUGACCAGCCCCGAGCUGGAGCACUGGAGGAAGAACAGAGUGACCUAUAGGGAGAAACAGCUCCGCAGAGUUCAGCAGAAAAUAAAGCAGCUACGCCGACUGAAGCCCGAGGAACUGAAGCUGCUGUCCGAGGAGGGAAUUGAGCUGGACAUGGCUGAUUAUCAGAAUCGGGUGGAGGAGAAGGAGGCCCAGAGGAAGCAGCAGAAGGAGGAGAAGAUGACUAGAGAGGCCAUGCUCACUCUGGAGGCACUGGAGAGGGAGGAAAAGGAGGCAGCACUCCGAGAAGGAGCAGCUUCCCAGCAGCCCAAAGCUGAAAAAGAGCCUGAGCAGGCAGACAAACAAGAGCAAAAGAAACAGAAGAAGAAGAAAAAGGUAAAACCACCUGAGGAGGGCAGCUUCGAGCAGGCGUUCAAGAAUUAUGCAUUGUCCAAGGUGAACGAGGCUCAGAGUAACGGAGGCACGGCGAUCGGCAGCUCAGAUCCCAGCUUACAGUGCAACUCAUACUCAAAGAUGAAGAUGAAGGUGGAGGUGAAGAAGAGUCGCAGGCAUCCAUUCAGCAAACCACCCAUGCGCACACCCACUUUCAUUGUCAAACAGGAGGCUUCCAGUGACGACGAGAUGUACUCAGGGCUGUCAGUAGGCGGUGCAGCGGAGCAGGAAGUGAAGAAGCAAGAGCAGUGCCACUUGUGGCAAACCCUUUCACCUGACUUUGUGGCGGAGAAGCAGUUUAAUGCUGGCAUGGCGACUCUGGAGCCACACUGCGCUGUCUGUACGAUGUUCUGCCCGUACACACAGCCCCCUAAGGACAGCCCUUCCAUUUCCGAUGUGUCUGCUGUUUCCGUGUCUCGUUGUGGCGAACGGACUCGGCCCCUCGUGCCCGAGAUGUGUUUCAGUGCUGGCAUGGCGAACACGGAGCCACUUCCCUCCAGCGCUGAGACGAGCACACUGCUCAGCUGCUCCUGCUGCAACCUGCAGGUCCAUGCCAGUUGCUAUGGCGUUAAGCCUGACACUCCACAAGAAAGCUGGAUGUGCUCUCGCUGUUGUGCAGUGGCCUGGACAGCAGCCUGUUGUUUGUGUAAUCUGCGAGGAGGUGCUUUGAAGAUGACCACAGACAACAGGUGGGUGCACGUGAUUUGUGCCAUUGCAGUGGCCGAGGCUCGCUUUGUUAACGCUGUGGAGAGAGGGCCGGUCGACGUGUCUGCCAUCCCAGAAACCAGGAAAAGUCUCAAGUGCAUCUUCUGCCACAAGACCACGAAGCAGAUCUGCGGGGCGUGUAUCCAGUGUUCGUACGAGAACUGCUCCACCUCCUUCCACGUCACCUGUGCGCACCUGGCCGGUGUGGUGAUGAAGCCCGCAGACUGGCCGUACAUCGUGUCCGUCACCUGUCACAAGCACAAACAGAUCAACGUGAAGCCGGUGAAGGCGACCUCGCGUGACCUCUCUCUGGGACAGCAGGCCAUCGGCAGGAGCAGCGACGGCUGGUUUUAUCGCUGCACCAUCAUUGGCAUCGGCUCACAGACCUACUACGAGGUCAACUUCGACGACGGCUCCUACUGCGACAACGUCUACCCCGAGAACGUGCUGAGUCAUGACUGUUUACGUAACGGGCCUCCUGAACUUGGUGAGCUGAUGGUCAUAAACACGAUAGAUGGACGUGUUCUUAACGCCUCCUUUGUCAAGGAACACGUGCACAGAUUUUACCAGGUGGAGUUUCAGGAUGAGACCCAGCUGUUGUUGAAGCAGAGUGAGAUUCACUCCCUCCAUCAGGAGCUACCUAAGAGAGUGCUGUCUCGUCUGGUGACCGUGAACACUGAUGACUCUCAGGACAGAUUGGGCGACGAGCCUCAGGCCGCAAAGCGUCCGCGUUUGCCCAUUCCUCCCACCACGGCAGCUACGGAGUCCCUCGAUGCCCCUGUCCUGCUCCAGGGGGGUCCCGGCGUCACCCCUUACUCAGGCUUCAGUGUUAACUCUGGCACCAGUGUGGCCCCCUGCCUCUCCACCCAAUCAGCAUCCGUUCCCACCCCGGUGUCCGCCCCUUCUGCCGAUGAGAGCUACACACACAGCUCGAGCUACAUUGCCUACAUGGAGUCUCUGCUCAACUCGGACUUCCCUCCAGAGGACGGCGAACAGGCACAAGGGGCCAUGUAUUAGCGCGACACACACACACUGAGGAGAACCUACUGCAUGUUCCUGUUUACUCUCUUGGUGUUUUUUUUUUUUUUUUUUUUUUUUUUUUUUUUUUUUUUUUUUUGAAACAACCCUGACCUCUGCAUAUGGUCAGGCCAUAGGAAGUGUGUGUGUGUGUGUCCUUUCUGAGUGUCCGGGACCACUGUCCCUCAUGCAUUAAAUCCUUUCUGAUCCCUUGUACAUUCUCUCGCUCAUGGAGAGAAAAAUGGACAUGUUUUUUGGACUGAUUAAUGUGCAACACACUUUAUACAGAAUCCUAUCAAUCCAGUUUGAAGUAUUUUUCUAAGUUGAGCCACAACACACACACAUACACACACAUGCUCUUGAAUUGGACAGUGCAAAUGGACAGUCUGUUCCUGUACAGGAUUUUUUUUUCCAUGUUUGAAGGGAUGGGUGGCUGAGGGCGUCGGUGGGGUGGGAAGAUAAAUCGGGGUUUAACUCAAGUAUUUAAAUGUCUUUGACACAUAGAUUUAUUAUUUGUAUAAAGUAAAUACGGCACCGUUAGAUGCUCCACUCUUUUGCCUGAGAGUCGGUGUAGAGGUGAUGUGUUUAAGAAUUCUUGUUAACGCUUAUAAUCGAUACGUCAUGGUGUAUUUUCAGUGCCGGGUGUCUGGGCUUGUUUUGUAGCAGACUUCGUAAAAAAACAAAACAAAAAAAAAAGGUGUAGACUUGAUUAUGUAUGGGCUUUCUUGUUCACUUUGUCCACUUUUAUUAUGAUCACUGUCUUUUAGCUGUUGUUAUCGUUUCUAGCAGGGACGCACCAAUCUCAUAUUUCGAUAUGAUGAUAUGAUUCUGAUUCUGUAAGGAUGCCCCUCCUGUCAUUAUUAUCUUUGAGAUUUUGAUCUACUUAAGGAACAAAAAAUGUACCCAGUUUAACCCCUACUCAAUCAGCUAAGACAUGUUUGGUGUCUGAAGUAUCUGGCUAAUGGAUGUCUAUCUCACCCAAAUUAAUGUCUGUGAAACAUGACCAAAUCUUUAUGUACUAGCUUCAGAAGAACUCACUAAGCUACGAAAUCUACGUAAAUUUUAAAACACUGUUUUCUGGCUAGCACUUCCUAUCAUGUGACAGCUACCAGCUAGGGACGCUGAAGGCUAACACAUGCUUAUUCUGGGGCACAAAUAACUGAGAAUUGCUGCUCAUGCUGCAUCACAGGGCAGCAUAACACACUCUGAGGAAAGCACUAUCCGCCCUCUUCUGCAUACCUGAGCUCACGGACGCUUAUGAUUGGCUAGUGUCACUGUGAUUGACGGGAGAUUGAGUAUACCAUCUCUCCCACCCAGAGAGCACAGCCAGUUUUGCCCUCUUGGACUCCCAGACAAGGCAUUGUUGCGAUUCGAAUUUGUGAUCUCCCGGCAAUAAGGUGAACUUUUUUUCUGUUGCACCACUUGGGAUUUUUUGUGUGAGAUAAACGUCCAUUACUUGUUUCCAUUACUAUCUGCUUGGUAGCUCCAGCACACAGCUAAAUAAGAAAAUAUUGGACAUCGAAAACACUUGAGGUGGAGCACUGCAUACGUUUAAUUUUUUUUUGGCCGAACUAUGCCUUUAAUUUAACAAGGGAAAUUAGUGAUGCUAAAUUAAAAGCUGUUGUGAAUACCAAGAAGAAAACUGACAGUCAGGAUCGUACAUUCAUGGACAGAUCGGAAUCUGACACUGUUUAGGCCAACGUCAGCAUGAUACUGAUCCGCCGUAUCAUCGGUGCAUCCCUAGUUUCUAUAGUACUUAACCAUGUUGGUGAAAAGUUCACGUGAAAAGAAUAGCAGCACAGGUUACCUUUUUUGUAUAAACGUGAGUAGCUCGGAAAACCCUGUAUACGAUUAGCGUUAAAGUUGUGAUCAGGCUUUCUCAAGGUGCUACAAAAGUCUGAGAGGCCUUGAAUCACACCCAUAUAUACACACGCACACGCACGCACACAUGGUGUACAUACCAUAAGCCCUGCUCAUUAUAGAGCUAUACAUUAUAGAGUCCUAUAGUGUCAUAUACAUUAGGAACGUCUUACUAUGUCCUGUAUCUUUUUAUACCUCUUUCUGUCUGUCUCACACUUGGAUGGUGCGUUUGAGUUCCACAUAUACACACACAUGUUCACACACACUCCAAUAGAAGAUGGUGACAGACAGCCUGGCAAGCCAAAGAGUUUCCGAAUAAGGCAGUGUUAUGUCGAAAUUUCCCCAACAAGCUCAGAGCUGUUUGAGAGAUUCUCUUUUCUCCAUUUCCUCAUCCCUCUGCUAAAAGCCGGCAAUUUCUUCGGCAUGUUUAGGUCAUGAAAACUACAGCUCUAGAUCCAAAAGCAGCACCAUGAAAUCUUGAUGACCAACACGGUGCUGGUUUCAGAUCUAGAACCGUAGCAAUCCACGAAAAACGAGCUAGCUCUCGGCCGUCUAAAUCAGUUCUAGCAGGAAAUUGCUGCUGGACCAGGUAGUGGUGAUAUCAUGUGCAUGGGGGCGUAGUCAUAUCUUCCCCACAUCAACAGACCACUACUGAAAUAAGUCCUGAACUGUGCAGUGGAUUUAAAAGAUUAUCGUUCAGGAAAAAAUAAAUAAACAGGAAAUUUCCCAUAAUUGUAAAUUAAUUGUAAUGAACUGAAUGGGAGCUACAUUGUGAGUACUACUGCUAAUUAAACUUUGAGCCAUAUAACCUUAAAAACCACAAAGCACUUAUCUGCCAUCUUGCGCAUUCAUGUUGUCUAUAAUUAUAUGUCUGUGUGCACCAUAGAUUACAUUAAUAAAGCCCUAGAUAGGCAACAAAGUGGAGUAUGCACUACUGAGUAUAAAUAACAUAAUAAAUGCAUUGGGUUUUUUUUAUUUUCUGGACAAAAUAAAUGAUUUUUCAUAUAAUAAUGCACUUGUUUAAAAAAGUCUUACAAUUUAGCUGAGUCUGUUAUAGAACCAUAGUGUCGCAUACACUCAUGGAAAUGGCCGAAGAUGGCCGUCUUCCUUUCUGAGCUGGGCUUGAUCAGAUAAAUGGAGCACUAACUUUAGACACUAUGUGCUAGUUAAAAAGUGAUUCUUGUGACUUUAAAAUAACACUUACAUGAAGAGGUACAUUUUACAUAUCUCAACACAGCACUUAAAUUUAGUGUUCUGGAGAAAAAAAGCAGAAAUGGAGCCCCAGCAUAGCAGCCAAGUGGCUCAUGUCGCUGUAGAAAGAAUGAUGUCUUGAGCUAUCAGCUAUCUAGGUCUCUCAUUUGUACAUUUAUGGUGUAGACACAGAAGGAUGGUAAAAUUAGUACAAUCCCUCAUUGGAAACUCCUACAUUUGGCUCAUAAAAUGGCGGAAAAUUGGGCUGUCAUAAAAAUGUUUCCUAGUUCGCUAAAUCUCCAAAGAAAUGGCCACAUCUGCUUCCGAUGCGCUCUUCUAUGUUUUCGAUUCUCUCUCUCUCUCAGCUUCAGAGUGGGGAUUUUCUAAGGCUCCAUGUUGCAUUCCUCCGUAUUUAAACUUAAAAGCACGACUCGGUUGGUCUCUGAUGUGAGACAGUCGCUCCUCAUCUCCUGUCGUCUGUAAUCAAACGCACUGUUUGCUCACUCGAUGCCGUUGACUGCUUCACCGAGAUCACAGGCGGUUUUUGCAGAAAACUUUCUGUUCUCGGGGUUUCACUUCUUCAGUUUGCAAUAACUCUGUAACCUCUCAAAAACGGGCAAGUCAACCCCCAGAUCACACGUUCUGCCGUUCUGCUGUUUGUAGAUGUUCAUGAAUUACAGAAACUAUGGGAUAAAUUCUAUUAAAAUGUGAAGUGAAUCUCUGA